AUGGCUUAAAUAGAAAUGAUAAAAAUUAAUUUGAUUCCAGAAACAUUGAGAAAAUAUCCACCAGCAACAUUCUUGGUAAGACGAGCAGACGCGAACUACACGUUCAGUAAUACGAAUGUCACAAUAAGAAAGGACAUAAGAGUAAUGAUUCCCGUGAUGGCGAUUCAUCGCGAUCCAGCGAUUUACAGAGAUCCUGAACGGUUUGAUCCUGAGAGAUUUUCUGAUGAAGAAGUUGCAAAGAGACAUCCUAUGAGUUUUCUUGCUUUUGGCGACGGACCGCGGAAUUGUAUUGGUGCGAGAUUUGCGAAUCAUCAAACUAAAGUUGGUCUCAUCAAAAUUCUCCAGCAUUUCAAAGUAGACGUGUGUAAAAAAACAGAAAUACCUUAUGAAGUAAAUCCUCGAAGUUUUUUGCUGGCUCCAAAAAAUGGAAUUUAUUUACAAUUUUCUAAAAUUUAAGUUUAUGUUUAUAUUAAGAGUAGUAUCUUUGUUUUAAUAUUUUGUCUCUAAAAAUGAUUAAUAAAUUUAUAAAUAUGUAACUGGAUUUUAAAUCAGA